AUGUUGUCUACGCUUCCUCUUACGCUCUUGGCUGUUCUUCCUCUCGUCUCGGUAUGGGCUGCGCCCUCCUGUUCACUAAGGUCUAGCAGUGCCAGUGCCUCGGGUAUAAGUCAAUCACCUUCUGGCUCCUCGGGUUCGUCCCCGUCUUCGAGCAAUAGCUCUGGGAGUGGCACGAACGGUGCAGGAGGCGAUAUCGUUUCGAUGGCUUGGUAUACGGGUUGGCACUCUACAUAUCUCUCCCCGCAGGAUGUCAGCUGGUCCAACACGACCACCCCGGACGUAAACACGUUAGCGCUCACCUCUGAAGACACCACGUUGCUCCCAGAAAUCGUCCAGAAUGCACAUGCGAACGGCGUCAAAGCGAUGCUCACGGUCGGCGGCUGGUCGGGAUCGCAAUACUUCUCCACUGCCGUCGCCACCGCUGCCAACCGCACUGCAUUCGUCGGUGCCGUCCUUGGUCUGGUUAAGCAGUAUAAUCUUGACGGCAUUGACUUUGACUGGGAGUACCCCGGACGUCUGGGCGUCAGCUGUAACAUGAUUUCAGACUCGGACAGCGCCAAUUUCCUCACCUUCCUCCAAACACUGCGCGCUGAGCCCGCCGCCAAGAACUUGACCAUCUCUGCUGCGGUGGGAAUACCCGUGUUCACGGGGUCUAACGGAUCACCCAUGACCGACGUGUCUGCGUUCGCGUCCGUGCUCGACUUCGUUGAAAUAAUGGACUACGACGUGUGGGGAACUUGGUCCGGCAGUGCAGGUGUCGGGCCAAACGCACCGCUGAACGACUCCUGCUCGACACACCAGGCGGGUUCCGCGGUGUCUGCAGUCGACAACUGGACCAAGGCGGGCUUCCCGGCCAACCAAAUCGUCCUUGGUGUCGCCUCGUAUGGCCAUAGCUUCCUCGUCACCCCCGAUAACGCUUUCUCUCCUACGGGCUCCACGACUCUUGCCAGUUAUCCGCUGUUCAACACAACGUACCAACCAGAGGGCGAUUCUUGGGACGUGGACGCGCCGGCGGGUACUGACCAGUGCGGGAAUGCAACUACCGGCGGGUGGGACGGGCUCUGGUACUUCAGGGGCCUGUUCGAAGCGGGCGGGUUUCUCACGGGGAAUGGCACUGUCGCGUCCGGUAUCGACUACAGGUUCGACUCGUGCAGCCAAACGCCGUAUGUAUACAACCCGAACACGGAGGUGAUGGUAUCAUUCGAUAACGCGGACUCGUUUGCUGCCAAGGGCAACUACAUUAAGCAGGCUGGCCUGCGUGGCUUCGCGAUGUGGGAGGCCGCGGGUGACUACGAGGACAUCUUACUCGAUGCCAUUAACAACGCCAUCGGGGUCCAGAAGGUUAGUACUUUCGAUGUUGUUUCAUAUACACCCUUCUAA